AUGCGGCCCAGGGAGCGCGGGCGGUGCGGGAGGCGACACCGACUGACGGGCACCGAGGGGAGCUGCGGAGAACCGCCGCCUUAUUUACAACUACUUACUUCGGUCGAGGUAGGAAAAAAAGCCCCAAACCGAAGCAGAAAUGGAGCGAGCGGCUCUCCGUCGCUCCGAGGGGGGCGGCGGCCCGAGGCCGCGCUGCCCACCAUCUAUGCCAUCACGCCCACCUACAGCCGCCCGGUGCAGAAGGCCGAGCUCACCCGCCUGGCCAACACCUUCCGGCAGGUGUCGCGGCUCCAGUGGAUCCUGGUGGAGGACGCGGCGGCGCGCAGCGAGCUGGUGACCCGCUUCGUGGCGGGCGCGGGGCUGCCCUGCACGCACCUGCACGUCCCCACGCCGCGCCGCUACAAGCGCCCGGGGCUGCCCCGCGCCACCGAGCAGCGCAACGCCGGCCUGGCCUGGCUGCGGCAGCGGCAUCAGCACCUGCCGCCCCCUCAGCCCGGGGUGCUCUUCUUCGCCGACGACGACAACACCUACAGCCUGGAGCUGUUCCAGGAGAUGCGGACGACGCGCAAGGUGUCGGUGUGGCCCGUGGGGCUGGUGGGCGGCCGGCGCUACGAGCGCCCGCUCGUGGAGAACGGCAAGGUGGUCGGCUGGUACACGGGCUGGAGAGCUGACAGGCCCUUUGCUAUUGACAUGGCAGGAUUUGCUGUGAGUCUCCAGGUGAUCCUGUCGCAUCCCAAAGCUGUAUUCAAGCGUCGUGGCUCUCAACCAGGAAUGCAAGAAUCUGAUUUUCUGAAACAGAUAACAACAGUGGAGGAACUGGAGCCAAAAGCAAACAACUGCACAAAGGUUCUUGUAUGGCACACCCGAACAGAGAAAGUGAAUCUAGCUAACGAGCCAAAGUACCACCUGGACACAGUCAAUAUUGAGGUAUGACGUGGGGGCACAGUCCCACGGCAAGGGCGGGACAAUGGACGCACAGCGCGUGUUCCAGUCCAGACAGCUAAAAUCAUCUGCUGCUGCCUGAGACCUGACAGACUUCUGUGCGAACAAAAGGAAGUUUUCAGAGACUCUAAUAAGCAAAUCAAGUGGGUGUGCUUUGUUCUAACUUGUCUGCAUGCAUUUCUGCACUCUCAGCUUAAUAAACUGACACUUACCUUUGUUUUAACGCUGUUUCCACAUAAAGAAACAUGGCUGCAAUGGAGUAUUUUCAAAGUCAUUAUUUAUGUAUAUACAUUUUGUAUUUAUCCAGCUUAAUGGUGUAAUUAUAAACUGAUUUUAACUCACGAACUGUUGGUCUAAACAUCUGUAUAAAUGGAUCCUCCAAACUGAACAUGUUUUACUUCAUUAAAAGUAGGGGUCAAUUAGGUCAUACAAUAAUGAAAUAAAAAACCCACAAUCAUUUACGGAUUUAUCCUUUUAAUAUAGGGAAAUAACAUUUUAUCAUUACGAGGCACCAUAAAAUGUAAACACAAUCACUGUCAUAAACCUGGAUCUCUCUGCAAGACAAAAUAUAUCUGUUCACACUGAGUUACCUUGAAUGCAUAUUGUGCUGUCAGUUCUCAGCUUUAACACUGUGCGCCUGCCUCCUGAGUCAGGUUGGUGACCUUACCACAGGAAACUCAAAUGCAUCAAAUGCUCAUCUUUAAAAGAAUAAACUAUUGAUUUGUAGAACUACAGUAACAUCCAGGUUUAUCUUUCUUUCAAUAAUCACAUUCCCUGUUAUGCACACCAUAACAACAUCACAGUGAAAUGUAUGAUGAAACAAAAUUUGUUUGAUACACUAUAAAACAUUGCUCAGUGAUACAUUUACAUUCUAUUUAUAUAUGAUUAAACAUUUGUUCGUACAGUACCUUCUACAGGAUUACUGGGUAAUUUUGGGGGGUUGGGGUUCAUAUUUUUGGAUAUUACUAACAUGAUAGCUAUAUCC